CCUCAGUUCCACAUUGCAAUUGAAAAAGGAAACAAAUUACUGAGAAAAAUCUUGAUUCUCUUUGUGCAACAAAUGGCUAAUGAAGUAGUUCUACUGGAUUUGAAGCUUAGUCCUUUUGCAGCAAGGGUGAGGAUAGCUUUGGAAGAGAAGGGAAUAGAAUAUAAAUCUGAGGUAGAGGACUUGCGCAACAAGAGCUCUACUCUUCUCAAGACGAACCCAGUUCAUCAGAAAAUCCCUGUCUUAAUCCAUAAUGGGAGACCCAUCUGUGAGUCAAUGGUCAUAGUUCAAUAUAUUGAUGAAGCUUGGAGCCAUAAACCUUCAUUGUUGCCUUCUGAUCCUUAUCGACGAGCACAUGCCAGGUUUUGGGCUGACUACAUCGACAAGAAGAUGUAUCCUACUGGAAGGAAUCUAUGGGCAUCUGAAGGUGAGCUCAAGGAAUCAUCGAAGAAGGACUUGAUUCAGUGCUUUAAAAUCUUGGAAGAAGAACUCGGAGACAAGCUAUAUUUUGGGGAUGAGAGCUUUGGCUAUAUAGACUUGGCACUUAUUUCAUUCCACAGCUUCUUUUACACAUUUGAGACCCUAGGAAACUGGAGCAUGGGUGCCGAGUUCCCUAAGCUCGUGGAGUGGGGUGAGAGAUGCUUGCAAAAGGAGAGCGUCUCCAAGUCUUUAAGUGACCAAAAGGAGGUUUAUGAAGUCAUUUUGCAGAUCUUCAAACAGAAGCUGGGGAUUGAAUAAAUAUAUAAUACUGCAAAUGGAGAGUGUAUCCAAGUCCAUUCUAUUGUGGCAUUUUAUGUUUUCUUAACUUGUUCUGGAAGAGUAUUCGGUUGGUUAGUUCAACCUGAUAAUAAUAAAGGGUUCUUGGAUAUUAAA